GGGUCUCCAUGAAGGGGGCGGGGCCCGCGUGAGUCGGGGUGGCCCCAGCGCCACUUCCUGAGGCGGGUGAAUAAACAAAAGAGAAAUGAAUGCCAUCUGCAGCUUAAAAAUAGUUGGUAGGAACUGCAUUUUAUUUCGCUUAACUUCUUUGGCCAGUCAGGCAAAGUGCAAUAAUCUUUAUAGGUCUUCAGUUGAAGCUUUGAAUGGACAUCACCAUAUUCAAGUAAAUCAUGUAGUGAAUAAAUGCCAGCAACUAGUUAUAAGCCGCAGCACCAGCUAUUAUUUUAUGAUUGGAAGCUCUAACUUCUACAGAAAAUUUAUUAAUAAAAGCCGAAGAUGUUUUUUGAAUGCCAAGAAUAUAGAAGUGUGCACAGACAUACACAAUAGCUGUAGAAGUCCUUAUUUCCUGGCCUCUAAACCGUUAGUGGAAGACCUUGCAUUAUUCCGAAGUCUUGCUCCAGUGCAGUCCCCAAAUCGAAUUCCUGCAUGGGAUGUGCAGAUCAUCAGACUUUUUCACACAUCAUCAUCAUUUCAGGCUGCUCCAGUGCCUCUGUUGUGGAUUAUUCUUAAACCGGCUCAGAAGCUAUUUGCUAUCAUUCUUGGAAGGAGCAUCAGAAAAUGGUGGAAGGCACUGCCUCCUAACAAACGGGAACUUUUUAAAGAAAGUGUAAGAAAAAACAAAUGGAAGAUAGUUGUGGGUCUGUGUAGCUUGGCAGUUUUAUUCAUUAUGUUUUAUUUUACUCACUUGGAGGAGACACCAAUCACUGGGCGUGCUCGACUGUUGGUAUUUGGGAAGGAACAUUUUAUGGCAUUGUCAGAGAUGGAAUAUGAUAUGUGGAUGGAACAGUUUAAAAAUAAGAUGUUAUCUGAGAUAGACCCUCGCUAUCAGGUAGUGAAAAAAGUUAUCGGUCAUCUAUCUGAAAGCAACCAGGACAUCCCGCAGGUGUCGGAGUUCAAGUGGGUUAUCCAUGUGGUGGAAGAACCAGGCAUAAAUGCUUUUGUACUUCCGAAUGGACAAGUAUUUGUUUUCACUGGUUUGCUAAAUGCGGUGUCAGAUAUUCACCAGCUCUCUUUCAUUUUGGGCCAUGAAAUAGCUCAUGCUGUAUUGGGACAUGCAGCAGAGAAAGCCAGUCUGGUACAUUUCUUGGAUUUCCUGUCGCUUAUCUUGCUCACUAUGAUUUGGGCAGUCUGUCCUCGAGAUAGUCUGGCAGUUGUAGGCCAGUGGAUCCAGACCAAGUUGCAGGAGUUUAUGUUUGAUAGGCCAUAUAACAGGACACUGGAGGCUGAGGCUGACAAAGUUGGACUUCAGUUUGCUGCAAAGGCUUGUGUGGAUGUAAGAGCAAGCUCUGUGUUUUGGCAGCAGAUGGAAUUAGCAGAGACCAUUCAAGGGCAGCGUAAAUUACCAGAAUGGCUCUCCACACACCCUUCUCAUGAAAACAGAGCUGAACACUUGGACCGGCUUAUACCAGAGGAUUCUCAUCUACAGCAAGCAGAUUUGAACAUAAAGGAGGACUGUUGCUAAGAAGAGAGUGACCCCAGAAAAGAACACCAGCACCCACCCACCCCGCUCUCCAUGCACACUUACUUGAAAAACAAUCCGGUUUUGUGGAUCUUACAUUCUGUCUCCUAGUUAUGUGCCUUGUUUUGCCAUGGCUAUGAAAUAGAGGGUAUGUCUACACAGUCCACAGAAGCAAGUGUCCCAGCUUGAUUAACAGACUCUGGCCAGUGGGGCUCAUGCUAGUGCUCUAAAAAUAACAUUUGAUGUUGCAGCUUGGGCUCUCAACACGUCCCCCUUCAGAGGCCAAGCUUCAGCCCAAGCUGCAACUUCCAGGUGCUCUCUGCACAGCUAUUUAAGCACUAGGGGCAGCCUGGCUAUCCUGAAACUGUUGACCCAGGCUGGGAGGCUCACUUACAGAGGUUAUAUAAACAUAACCUAACAGAUCAAAGGGCCGUAAUCAGUUAAAAUGAGAUCUGGUCUUGAGGGGGUGAUCAGGAGGACUAAAGAGCUCUUAAAGAACUCUCUCCCUGAGGCUGAGGGAGAGAAUGGUUUGAGCUGAGGGAAGGAACUAACCCCAGAGGUCUUGGUGGUCUGUAAGAGAAUUAUGCCUACCAGGAUUCCCAGGUAGAAGAUGGUUACAUACCUAGUCAGCAAGAUAUGUGUACAGUUUGAUUGUUUUAAGAACUGGUUUUCUCUGAAAUGCAUUUGUUUUAAUAAUAAUUUGCAUUAAAAGGACUGUCAGAUCACUGUGUACCACUGUCAUUUUCAGUACGUUAGUCAGGCCUUCUGAGGCAGUCAUGGUUGAUGCGGCGGGGACUGCAAUCCAAGGGAAGAUCCUAAAGUGGGAGAAUGGUGUGAUUCCAUCCUAAGCGAGGUGAUGGCCAGAGACCUGAAGGGAGGUGUAUUCAGAGAGGCCAGGCAUAGGGGUGUCAGGUUCAGUAAGCCCAGGAAUGUGACAGUGGUGAAGUGUGUGUGUAUAUAUAUUGCUGAGGGAUAAAAUCCAUCCUCUUUCCCAGGACCUGCAUACAGCCAUCUGUGCCACAAUAAGUUUUGGUGUAUGUGAGUGAGAAGUGUGGGUGAGGUACUAAGCAACGGCACAGGCAGGCCUCCACCUCAUUGUUGUUUGUAGGUGGCUACAGCUAUCUUGUAGUAGAAAACUGCUCCCCUUUGCCAUUUACAAGCCAAAAUCUGAAAUCUUUUGAUAGAAAUAAUAAUACUUGGUGACUGCUCUCUGUGUCAAUACACACACACACGAUGAUCUUCAUCAUUAACAGUUUCUCUUCUGUAAUGCAGUGCAGUGCUUUUGUUUUAAUGGGAGCCUGAAAAAAAACAGUAGUAAUGUGCCUGCAAACCCCAACCUAAUCCAAGUACUCCACUAAAGAUUUAACUUGGUGAUGUUGCCUUGGUUCUGACUGGAUUCGUUAGUAUAUCAGGGCUGGUUAUUCAAGGCAAACAGAAAUAUGAAAAUUUAAGUUGUAUCUUGAAAAGCGCAACGUAAUCCUCUUUUAAAUUAAUUUAGCAUUUUAAAUCUCUGGUUUUCUUGACUAUAAUGCCUAUCUUCCUUGGGUUUACUUAUCUAAAAUAUUAACUUGGUAAGCUGUAUGCAUUUAAUUGGGAAUGUCUAGGCACUAUCCUUACAACUAAAUUAGCUGGAUUGGAUGGUGGAAGUGGAAUUUCUUGAGCAACCCCAAAUUAUUGGAACUGAAGUUAUGAUAGUGAUAUUGAAGGUAGGCAUUGGGAUGCUUUAUCUUCCAGAAAGAGUACGUUGUAGGCUUCUUGAACAAGUUGGGAAAUGGCAUCUUAAUGGUUCUGCUGCAUUGAGUACAUUAUUUGCACUUAAAAAAAAUUAGCAGGAGCCACCUGUGCUUAGGAAAGAGUUUCCACUAAAUAGAACUGAAUCCUCUGUACCAAGGACAAAUACCCACAUGCAAAAUCAUUGCAAAAGUCACUCGCUCACUAAAAUGUGGAUGCAGCUCUGUCUUUAACAGGAAGACCCAUGCAAAACAUAGCCUUUCAACUGUCAUAACAGUAGACUUCAGUUUUUUACGGAUUAUGAAUUGGUGUGUUUUAAUCAGGCACCUCCAGCUGCUUUGUGUAAUAAGAAAGCAGAGGCCUCUGCAGGGUAAGAAUAUUACUCCAGACCUAUUGCACGUAACGCAUGAUGUUGUGAACUCCAAUAUUUUAGAUAAGUGAACCCAAGGAAGGAAGAUAAGCAUUACAUAGUCAAGAAAACCAGAGAUUUAAAACUGCUAAAUUAAUUUAAAAGAGGAUUAUGUUGCCCUUUUAAGGAUACAACUUAAAUCUUUAUAUUUCUACUUGCCUUGAAUAAUGGUGCUUGACAUUAAUGCAGUCUUGCAGCAGCUUAUGUUCUGCAAGAGAGCAAGAGAAAACAGUCUGUCAUUAUAAGUAACAGCUUUGAAAUUGAUUGGUCACUGAAGCAGAGUUGGGUUGAUAUGUAUGAUAAAAUUUGGGGAAUAGUUGGAUGAUUAGCUUGCAGAACCACAAAUGUUGAAUGUAACAUUUUUAUUUAAUAAAAAGAAGUUAUAACUGAGAGGAAUAUAUGCAGCAAAGUUGUGUUUGUGAUGAUUCAAACAAUGCAUUUAAACCAGAAACUGUCACAUAGCAUAGAUGAGAAAUACUUGUCAUGUCUCUGGAACUUGCCUUUAUCUAAAGGCCAGUUGGAGCUAUUCAAUUCCAUUUGUUUCUAAGCCAGUUCCAGAGAUAUCAGUUUAUUACACUAAAAAGAUUUUCGUUAGAAAAACAUAGUUUCAGAACCUUUUUGUAAAAGGAGCUAUUAGGCUGGACUUUUCUUUCCUUUUAAAAACUGCAGAAGUGAUCUGUACGUACUACCCCUAUUGGAAGGAUCUGAAUGAACUUCAAAUUGAGGCAAAUCCUUCCCUCCCUGUAGGUAUAUAAGGAAUCUAGCUCAGCCCUUGCUUGCUAUGUUAGCAGCAGGGCAGCAUACCUACUGAACUAGGUAGGUGAGGGAGGAGGGCAAGCCACUGUGUCCACAUACAUACACUUCACAUUGCAAAAGUGAGUGUGGCUGUUCUAGUCUGUAGCAUACCUAAGCCAAGGGUGAAUUAUUCCCUUCCUUUUUUUAAAAGGAUCUGCAGUGUGAACUCCACUGUGUGGUCGCCCUCUUCUCCCACUCUGGGUCUAAGCCACUGUUUUCUGUAGUUUCCCCAUAACACCACUCCCAAUGGAUAGGGCAGGAUUUAGUUGUAAGUAACUCAAGGAAACUCUGACAAGAACUCUUCUGAAACAUGAGGUUAGGAAGGGAAUUGAGAUGAAUGGAAUAAAGCAUACAGGGAAUGAACUUUUCUGAUGCAAAGAUUAAAAAUGCAGCUGGAUGGGCAUUUGCCCAUAAAGUGUGUGUGCUACUUUCAGUAAGGUAAAAAGCAUUUAACAGCAGAUAUGAAAGUGGCCACGAUAAUAAUUACUAAAUAUUAGAGUAUAUUAUGACUUUACGUUGUUUCAUUAAAUUACGAGAGUUUUGUGGAUUUCCAAUGUUGUAUACCGUGGUUGGCAACCUUUCAGAAGUGGUGU